AUGGAUCAAAGAAAGCCAAUGAGCCAAGUUCACCAUGCAGGAUCACCUCAGAAUUCACACAAAACAUUCAAGUUCUUGGCUGCUGCAACAUUCGGAGCUGCAUUAGUAGCCCUGGCCGGGUUAACCUUAACCGGGACAGUGCUAGCCCUUGUCAUUGCCACCCCUGUCCUGGUUUUAUUCAGCCCAAUCUUGGUCCCAGCCGGAAUAGUGGUGUGCUUGGUGACCGCUGGAUUCUUGUUUUCUGGUACAUGCGGGGUGGCAGCAAUUUCAUUGUUGUCGUGGAUAUAUAACUAUGUGUCCGGAAAACACCCACCAGGGUCAGACCAGUUGGACUAUGCAAGGUCCAGAAUUGCAAACAAGGCUAGGGACAUGAAGGAGAGGGCUCAGGAAUAUGGAACUUACGUGCAACAAAAGGCUACAGAGGCCACACAGCCCCAAACCCAGGCUUAG